AUCAGAUCUCAUCUGUUCAUUCUCCAAAAAAACAAAAAAAAAAACAAUAAUGGCGAAAGUUGCAGGACUACUGAACCUUCUCCUCGUGGUUUCCUUGGUUCUAGCCUUGGCAGGCUACGCCGCCGCGCAGGCGGAGGGACCGGCGGCUGCGGCGGCCUCCGGCGGGGCGGCGUCAGGCGGGAAAGAAGAGGUGAGCGACGUGAAGAACAACGCGGUGGUUCAAAAUCUGGGGAGGAAAUCCGUAAUGGAGUUCAACAAGCACUUACACGUAAAGAGGAAUCCGGAGAACGAAGCGAAGAGGCUGGUGUUCACGGAGGUGAUAAAGGCGGAGAAGCAGGUGGUGUCGGGAGUGAAGUACUACCUCACCAUCAAUGUCACAACCUCCGAUGGUCAGACCAAGACGUUCGAGUCCGAGAUGUGGGUCAAGCCCGAUGAGACUCAUGAGAUGCUCGCCUUUGCACCCGCUGCCGCACCCGCCGCCGCCGCAUAAAAUUUAUACUUUUUUUCUGGUCAGUCCGCCGCCGUGGCGUGGCGGGUAUUUUGUCAAGCAUGCAUGCGUAGUAGGUAGUGUAGUCCCCGGUUAGUUUCCUUCAAUCACAGAGAUGAAUUGAAGAUGGAUAUAUAUAAUAUAAUGCUUCAACAUGUUGUAAUGGCAUUGUUUUUUGGAAAUAAGAGAUAUGUAUAUAUAAUUUUAAAAUAUCAA